AUGGAGCCCCUGUGGAAGUCGCUGGGAUCCCUGCUGCGCACCGCCGGCAGGGCCAUCGACGGCCUGGGGUGCAGCCUGCAGGGCGCCUACGCAUACACGGAAACGCUCACACCAAGUCUGGCCACAAUGGCACUGAAGUCUGUGAAGCCUCAGCUGGGAGCGGACGUGUUUGUGGCGCCUAACGCCACUGUGAUUGGUGAUGUGAAGAUUGGGAGGAAGUCGUCUAUAUGGUAUGGGGCUGUCCUGCGAGGGGACGUAAACAGCAUAAGCAUCGGAGAUAACACCAACAUCCAGGACAAUGCCAUCAUUCAUGUGGCCAAAAACACACCAAAGCCUGCCACCCCGUUGCCAACGAUUGUGGGCAGCCGUGUGACUGUAGGUCAUGGAGCGAUUCUCCAUGCAUGUACAAUUGAUGACGACUGCCUUGUGGGCAUGGGGGCUCAGCUCCUUGAUGGGGUCAAGAUGGAGAGAGGUUCAAUAGUGGCUGCCGGCUGCAUGGUGCCCCCAAAGACUGUCAUCAAGUCGGGCCACAUCUACGCUGGCGUUCCGGGCCGGCUCCUGCGGCAGCUUACCGCAGACGAGGCCAUGUUCAUCGCCUCAUCGGCGGGCAGCUACGCUGAGCUAGCUGCGCAGCACCUUGUGGAGAACUCCAAGACGUUCGACGAGGUUGAGUGGGACAAGGUCGUGCGGCAAGACCGCCUGGAGAGAGACCCCGACUACGACGGGCACAUGGGCAUAGCGAGGGACCCAGGCACACGGGAGAUAACUGCAAUCAGGGAAAACUGA